AUGGGCUGGGUGGACGUGCCACCGCCACCCACGCGGGGUGGCACUCUGCUUGCCCAAGGUGACCUGGACGCCCACGAGCUGUCAUCUGCAGUGGCGACGCUGAGGGGCGUACUGCGGCUCGCGCAGGACAGCACGACGCGCGGCGACGGCCUCACUGCGCGCCUUGCCGCCCUCGGCCUCGGCCCCGAUGCCGUGCGGCAUCAGCAGCCAGAUCAACAGCCACGCAGCAAUGUGCUUGGUGCAGUGCCAACGCCGGGGGUGGCUGCGCCACGGGCCGUUGUCUCGGCACCAUCAGCAGCUCCCAUGGCAGCAGCAGCGGCAGGAGCGGCGGCAGCAGCAGCGGCAGCAGGGGCGGCAGCAGCAGCGCCUGCACCAGUGGCCAGCGCCUCCUCGGCGCCAGAUCCCAUGCCGGCCCCCAAAGCCAUGCUCGUGUCUUCACCGGCGCGUGCGCCAGUGCCAACCCCCGUGCCGCAGUCGGUAACAUCGAUGGCACCUACCACGGCUGCAGCAGCGCACACGCAGCAGGCGCCGUACCAGCCCUCAACGCAGCCCUGGGCUACAGCGGCGCCUCUCCAGCAGCAGCAGCAGCAGCAGCAGCAGCAGCAGCAGCAACAGCAGCAGGCGCGGCAGCCCGCGGCUCCGGCUGCCCCGGCAUGGGUGCAUUGCUCCACCAGCGAUCCGGGCGACCACGGCGGCAACCCCGUCUCUGCGCUGGCAUGGACCCCGCAGCUGCCCGGCCUGCCUGGCGGUGAUGGCCACAUGGGGUGGCUCAUCAGCGCCAGCCGCAACUUGGUCAACCUGUUCGAGUGCAAUGCGGGCGGCGGUUUCAAGGGGGAGCCUUCUCUCAUGCUCAUGCACGCCCAGGAGGUGGACUUUGUGUGCUCGCGCCUGGCUGUGGAGCCCUCCCUGGAGCUCAUGUUUGCGGUCAGCCUCACCACCGACAAGGCAGCCCAGGAGUGCAUCAGCGUGCACACCCUGGACGUGGAGCGCCUGCUCGCGUACCGCUACCGCUUUGCACCGCCGGGGCAGCGGGCGAGCGGCGGUGGCGGGGCGGCGCGGCUGAUCAACCAUGUUGUUAGCCUGCACCCCGUUGGCGGCACGCUGGCACGCUGCUGCGCCGCCUCUUACGGCGGUCGCCUGGUCGUGUUUGAGGCGCCAGCCACCGCGCCGCAGCCGGGCGCAACCAUUACGGCGGCGCGCAGCAGCUGGGACGCGCACCCAGGCGCGGCCAUCACGGCCCUGCACUUGUCGGCCAUCGCGCCAACACUGUACAGCGGCGCGAACAACGGUGCCAUCCACACCUGGGACCUGCGCGCAAAGCCCAGCGCGCCCGCGGCGGUGCUGGCGGGGCACCAGCGCAACGUGACAGGCAUCAGCCUCGUGCACGACUCCCUCCUGGCGUCCUGCGGCAUUGACGGGCAGGUACUGCUGUGGGACCCCCGCUAUGCUGGGUCACCCUUCUCCUCGGUGGUUCCCGACGGCGCCCCUGCGCUGCGUCUGGCCCCAAGCCCCUUUGGUGACUGCCUGGCCGUGUCCACCAACCGCGGGCUGCACUGUGUUGACCUUGUCGAUGGAGAGCACGGCGUCACACCCAUCGCGCCCUUCCCCCUGCAGCGGCCGUACGGGGACAUAUCUUGGAAUGCGGGCACAGGCGAGCUGUACGCCGCGGGCCACGGCGGCUCCAUUGCCGUGUAUGGGCGCCACUAG